AUGAAACAAUCGACCUUAAUUCGCUUCAAAGUCACUGUCUUGGGCGCCAGCGGGGCCAUCGGCCAGCCGCUCGCUCUGGCGCUCGUACAGAACAAGCGAGUCAGUGAGCUGGCCCUCUACGACAUUGUGCAGCCGCGCGGCGUCGCUGUCGACCUCUCCCAUUUUCCACGCAAGGUCAAGGUUACGGGGUACCCGACAAAGUGGAUUCACAAGGCUCUAGAUGGAGCGGAUCUCGUUCUGAUGUCGGCUGGCAUGCCCCGCCGACCCGGCAUGACCCACGAUGACCUCUUCAACACAAACGCCCUCACUGUAAACGAGCUGAGCGCGGCGGUGGCGAGGCAUGCCCCCAAAUCCGUUUUAGCCAUUAUUAGCAAUCCACUCAACAGCAUGGUCCCUGUCGCCGCAGAGACGCUGCAGCGGGCUGGAGUGUACGACCCUCGCAAGCUCUUUGGUAUCAUCUCACUGAACAUGAUGCGGGCACGCAAGAUGCUGGGUGACUUUACUGGCCAGGACCCGGAGAUGCUGGACGUGCCCGUCAUUGGCGGGCAUAGCGGGCAAACCAUAGUUCCUCUCUUCUCGCAUUCUGGAGUGGAGUUGAAGCAAGAGCAGGUUGAGUACCUGACGCAUCGCGUACGCGUGGGUGGCGACGAUGUGGUGAAGGCGAAGGAGGGCCGUGGGUCUUCGUCGCUGUCGAUGGCGUUUGCGGCUGCGGAGUGGACAGACGGGGUGCUGCGUGCGAUGGACGGCGAGAAGACUUUAUUGCACUGCUCUUUUGUCGAAAGCCCGCUGUUUGCUGAUAAGUGCCGCUUCUUCGGCAGCACCGUGGAGGUGAGCAAGGAGGGAAUUGAGCGGGUGCUGCCACUGCCUUCGCUGAACGAGUAUGAGGAGGAGCAGCUGGACCGCUGCCUCCCGGACCUGGAGAAGAACAUCCGCAAAGGGUUGCUAUUCGUGGCGGAAAACGCGGCCACCUCGACACCCUCGGCCGCCUUGCCCUAG